AUGGCAGCUGCGGCUACGCUCACCCUGCCUAAUGGCAAGCAAUACGAACAGCCCACGGGGCUGUUUAUCAAUAACUCCUUUGUUGAAGCAUCUGGGGAGCUCCUGGACGUCGUCAACCCUGCUACGGAAAAUAAUAUCAUCUCCAUAAAAGGGGCAUCCGAAGAUGACGUGAACCGCGCUGUUGCAGCAGCACGGGAGGCCUUCCAGGGCGAGUGGCGCGAGUUCUCAUCCACCCAGCGAGGAGAGUACCUUUACCGGUUGGCUGAACUUAUCCGGCGGGAUAGCGAGCUGAUCGCCGCUAUUGACGCUUGGGAUAACGGCAAGCCCUACGUAGCGACCCUCGAGGGCGACCUUGACGAAUCCUACAAUGUCUUCCGUUACUAUGCCGGCUGGGCGGACAAGAUUAGCGGGCGUACAAUUGAGACCUCCCCUUCUAAAUUGGCCUAUAUUCUGCAAGAGCCGCUGGGUGUCUGCGGUCAGAUCAUUCCCUGGAACUACCCCUUCAUGAUGCUUGCCUGGAAAGUCGCCCCGGCUCUCGCAUGCGGAAACACCGUGGUUCUUAAACCAGCUGAACAAACACCUCUUUCAGCGCUCUAUUUCGGGAAAUUAGUCGUCGAGGAUGGAUUCCCUGCUGGUGUAGUGAAUGUCAUCCCAGGACUGGGCUCUGUUGCAGGCAAGACCCUUGCUGAGCAUACGGGUGUAGACAAGAUUGCAUUCACAGGGAGUACAGCCACAGGCCGUGCGAUCAUGAAAUCCGCCGCCGCAAACCUGAAGAACAUCACCCUUGAGUGUGGUGGGAAAAGCCCUAGUCUCGUGUUUUCCGACGCGGACAUCGACCAGGCCGUUAAAUGGUGUCACUCCGGCAUUAUGGAUAACCAGGGGCAGGUUUGUACUUCGACCUCGCGGAUCUAUGUGCAGGAUGGCAUCUACGACGACUUUGUGGAGCGAUUUGUCCAGAUUACACGAGAUAACGCGAAGCUCGGAAGCGCCUUCACGGACGGUGUCAUCCAGGGACCGCAGAUUUCACAGGCCCAGAAUGAAAAGAUCCUGUCGUAUAUCGAAGAAGGAAAGAAGGAGGGUGCAAAGCUAGCUUAUGGAGGGCAAAGGCAUGGCAGCAAUGGAUAUUUCGUGGAGCCAACGGUUUUCGUGGAUACAAGCGAAGACAUGCGCAUCGUGAAGGAAGAAAUCUUCGGACCGGUCGUCGCCAUCAGCAAAUUUUCAACCGAAGAGGAGGCCAUUCGCAAAGCAAACGCAACCUCAUACGGCCUCGCGGCGGCCGUCUUUUCAGAGAAAGUCUCGCGCGCCCAUAUCGUGGCCAGCAAGCUGGAGGCGGGCAUGGUGUGGAUUAACUCCUCCGGCGACUCUCACUACGGCAUCCCAUUUGGGGGCUACAAAUCCUCUGGGAUCGGGCGUGAGCUUGGGCCCUACGCCUUGGAUGCGUAUACGCAGUCAAAGGCCGUUCACGUCAAUCUUGGACUUGCGCUGUAG